GAAUGUACAAUUUUCCGGUCAAGAUGAGGGACUUCGACUUCAGAAAAAAUCAUUGAAUAACAUGUUUACAACAAAUAACAGUAUCACAAAUAACAAAUUAGCAUCUUUUUGUUACUUCAUUAUAUUGUGUAAUGAGGAACAUGAUCUACAUCCCAUUAUCAAGGCUUUUGGAUGGGUGUCACAUAAUUAGCAAAAAAAGAUUUUAGUUAUUAAUAUUGUGUUUACAGUUAUGUGUUACUGAAAGUCACAAUGAACUCAUGAAGUAUACAACACUGUGUUUUACAAAACAAAAUGUCACACCAGCAUCUGACAGUGACUAAGGAAAAAUAAACAUAGCCAGUUAUAUUGUACAUCUACAACGCACUGUGAAGUUUCAACCAAAGGGUUUCAUUUUGACUAAUGUUUCACAAACAGUCAGACAUCUACUGUUAACCAUUUUCCAUUGUUGGAUUAUUGACUUUGGGAAAAACAAUCCACAAAAUAAACCAGUUGAGACAUAACCUCCUUCAGGCUGAGUGCCAGACACCUCACAUAGCGCAACAAUGACAUUUGAAGAUCUUCUUUCCGAGAUUAAUGGAUUUGGAAGAUUCCAGAUAAUGGUCCUGCUCAUCAAUUUUCUUGGUCGAUUCAGUCUUGCGUGUCAUUUCCUGCUAAGCAACUUUAUAGCUGCCAUCCCAUACCAUCACUGUGACAUCAGUGGUCUGGAUGCUGAUGGGAUCUUUGGGAAUCUGAGCCGGGAGGAGACGCUGACUGUCAGUCUUCCAAAACAGGAAGAUGGGACUCCUGCGUCCUGUCACAUGUACUCCCAUCCUCAGUUUCAUCUGCUGUCAAACUCAUCGAGCAGCACAGAUCUUCCUGUAGUUCGGUGUCAGAAUGGAUGGGUGUAUGAUAACAGCACAUUCAGCAGCACUCUGGCCACACAGUGGGAUCUAGUAUGUGACCAAAGAGCAAUGAACAAACUGACCACCACAGUCUUCUUCGUUGGGGUCAUGUUUGGAGCAGGUGCUUAUGGAAGCCUGAGUGCGAUAUUUGGACGAAAGCCCAUGCUGUUGGUGUCUUAUGUAUUAGGAAUGGGUUUUGCAGUGGCCAGCGCUUUUUCCUCCUCCUUUAUAAUGUUUGCAGUGUUGAGAUUCUUCACUGGAUUUACCAUCACUGGCAUUGUUAUCAUCUCUACUGUACUUAAUGUGGAGUGGGUGGGCAUCGAGCACAGGAGGUUGGUCGGGGUGAUUGACUGUAUGUCCUGGACAUUUGGCACCAUGUCUUUAGCUUUGAUUGCAUAUUUAAUUCGAGACUGGCGAUGGCUGAUAGUUGCCACCUCAUUGCCCAUCAUUAUUGCCAUUAUCACAUGGUGGUGGGUUCCGGAGUCGGCCCGCUGGCUCAUAGCCAACGGGAAGGUGGAUAAAGCACGCUAUUAUCUUCGUAAAUGUGCAGUUAUGAACAACAGAGAGGAAGUUGUUGCCAGGAUCAAAUCUGAGCACUUGGCUAAUAUCAUAGUUACUGACAAAAGAAACAGGAAAUAUUCAUACCUGGACCUGGUUAGGACUCCAAAGAUGAGGAGGCUGGCUUUACUCACAGGAUUCACCUGGUUUUCUGUUGCUACUGUUUCCUAUGGAAUUAGCUUUAACAUCUCAGGCUUUGGAUUAAACAUGUAUUUGACUCAGUUUGUGUAUGGAGCCAUUGAGGUUCCUGCUAAACUGAGCAUCUAUUAUCUGCUGGAGAGAUUUGGAAGAUGCAGAACAGAAACUGGUGCUCUACUAUUGGUUGGAAUCUGCCUCAUGAUUAACAUAUUCAUACCUAGAGAUAAGACUGUUGUUCGUACUGUAAUAGCUGUGCUGGGAAGAGGCUGCUCAGGAACAUCUUUUGGCACAAUCAUUUUGUACAGCUCUGAGCUUUUCCCAACUGUCCUCAGGCAAAAUGGGAUGGGCUAUAACUCCUUCUUGGCACGUCUGGGUGUGUCUGUGGCUCCUCUGAUUUUGCUAUUGGAUGGUAUAUGGAGCCAAGUCAUCUUAUCUUCUCUUGCUCUAUGUGCUGCUCUGGUGGCUUAUCAACUACCUGAGACACGGGGCAAGUGUCUACCUGAGACUAUUGAUGAUGUUGAGGGAAUAAGGAUGAAGUUUGAAGAUCUACUUACUGAGAUCAAUGGCUUCGGCAGGUUCCAGAAGAUGAUUAUUUGCAUCAGUUUUAUCGGACGAUUUACUCUCCCGUGUCACUUCCUGCUAAGCAACUUUAUAGCUGCCAUCCCGUCUCACCACUGUGACAUCAGCUCUUUGGAUGUUGACGGGAUCUUCGGGAAUCUGAGUUGGGAGGAGAGGCUGACUGUCAGUAUUCCAAAACAGGAAGAUGGGACACCUGCUUCCUGUCACAUGUUCUCUCAUCUUCAAUUUCACCUGCUUUCAAACUCAUCGGGCAGCACAGAUCUUCCUGUUAUUAAGUGUCGGAAUGGAUGGGUGUAUGAUAACAGCACAUUUAGCAGCACUCUGGCCACACAGUGGGAUCUGGUGUGUGAUAACAGAGGUCUGAAUAAAGCUGUGGCCACCAUCUUCUUUGUUGGCUCAAUGUUUGGAGCAGUUUUCUUUGGAGGUCUGAGUGACAGAUGUGGAGUGGGUAGACAUUCAGCACAGAAGACUGGUGUGUUUGAUCGACAGUAUGGGGUGGACUUUUGGGACCACCGCUUUAGCUCUCAUUGCAUUCUGUAUAAGAGACUGGAGAUGGUUGAUAGUGGCCGUAACUUCGCCUGUAUUUUUAUGCACAAUUCUCUGGUGGCUCUCUCUAGCAUCAUUGUGACAGACACAGGAAAGGGGACAUUUUCAUACCUGGAUCUUGUCAAAACCCCUAAAAUGAGGAGACUGGCUUUGCUCACAGGGACCAUAUGGUUUUGUGUUGCUGUUGCCAGCUAUGGAAUUAGCCUUAAUAUAACAGGCUUUGGUCUGAACGUCUACAUGACUCAGUUUGUUUAUGGUGCCAUUGAGAUUCCAGCUAAACUGAGCAUGUAUUAUCUGCUUGAAAAGAUUGGCAGACGAAGGACAGAGACCGGUGCUCUGUUUUUGACUGGAAUCAGCCUCAUGAUUAACAUUUUCACACCCAGAGAUCAACAGGUUGGACGUACUGUAGUGGCUGUACUUGGGAGAGGUUUUGCAGCUGCAGCCUUUGGUACAAUCAUAUUGUACUCCUCUGAGCUUUACCCCACUGUUCUCAGGCAAAAUGGGCUGGGCUACAAUUCCUUCGUGGGUCGGUUGGGUGUGUCUGUGGCUCCUUUAGUACUCUUGUUGGACAGUUUCUGGGGGUAUCUCCCUCAGAUCACCCUCUGUUGUGUAGCCCUCUUUGCUAGUCUUGUAGCCUGGCAGUUACCUGAGACACGAGGCAGGUGUCUACCUGAAACUAUAGAGGACAUUGAGGCUACACAGAUGAAGUUUGAGGAUCUAAUAACUGAGAUCAAUGGCUUCGGCAGGUUCCAGAAGAUGAUUAUUUGUAUCAGUUUUAUAGGACGAUUUACGGUUCCGUGUCACUUCCUGCUGACUAACUUUAUCGCAGCCAUUUCAACUCACCACUGUGACAUCAGCUCUUUGGAUGUUGACGGGAUCUUCGGGAAUCUGAGCCGGGAGGAGACGCUGACUGUCAGUAUUCCAAAACAGGAAGAUGGGACAGCUGCUUCCUGUCACAUGUUCUCUCAUCUUCAGUUCCACCUGCUGUCAAACUCAUCGAGCAGCACAGAUCUUCCUGUUGUUCGGUGUCAGAAUGGAUGGGUGUAUGAUAACAGUACAUUCAGCAGCACUCUGGCCACACAGUGGGAUUUAGUUUGUGAUGAUAGAGGACUGAAUAAAGCUGUAGUCACCAUCUUCUUUGUUGGGGUGAUGUUUGGAGCAGUUUUCUUUGGAGGCAUGAGUGACAGAUUUGGCCGUAAGCCGAUGCUGCUGGUAUCGUAUCUAUCAGGAAUGGGUUUUGCAGUGGCCAGCGCUUUUUCCUCCUCCUUCAUUAUGUUUGCAAUGUUGAGAUUCUUCACUGGAUUUGCCAUCACUGGCAUCAUCAUCAUCACUUCUGUGCUCAAUGUGGAGUGGGUUGGCAUUCAGCACAGAAGACUGGUGUGUGUGAUUGAUAGCAUGGCAUGGGCUUGUGGGAGCAUGUCUUUAUCUCUCAUUGCAUUCUGUGUGAGAGACUGGAGAUGGUUGACAGUGGCUGUCACUUCACCUUUACUUCUGUGCACAAUCCUCUGGUGGUGGGUUCCAGAAUCAUCUCGAUGGCUGAUAGUCAAUGGAAAGACACAAAAAGCUCAUUAUUAUCUUCACAGAUGUGCAGUUAUGAACCAUAGGGAGGAAGUUAUCUCAAGCAUCAAACAUGAAGCUCUCACUAGCAUCACUGUUACAGAAAACAGGAAGCAUUCCUACCUGGAUCUUGUCAGAACCCCUAAAAUGAGAAGGCUGGCUUUGUUUACUGGAACCAUAUGGUUUUGUGUUGCUACUGCCACCUAUGGAAUAAGCCUCAACAUUGCAGACUUCGGACUAAACUUGUACCUGACUCAGUUUGUUUAUGGAGCCAUUGAGAUUCCAGCUAAACUGAGCAUCUAUUACCUGCUUGAAAAGAUUGGCAGACGUAAAACAGAGACCGGAGGUCUGAUGUUGGGUGGAAUCUGCCUUAUGAUUAACAUAUUCAUACCCAGAGAUCUGUGGCUUGGACGUACUGUGGUUGCUGUACUGGGACAAGGUCUUUUGAUUGGUGCUUUUGCUAUGAUUACAUUGUACUGCUCUGAGCUUUACCCUACUGUCCUGAGGCAAAAUGGGCUGGGCUAUAACUCCUACCUAGGUCGUCUGGGUGUGGCUAUGUCUCCUCUAAUCCUGUUAUUGGACAGGUUCUGGAGCUACCUCCCUCAGAUCACCCUCUGUUCUGUAGCCCUCUUAGCUAGUCUGGUGGCCUGGCAGUUACCUGAGACACGAGGCAGAAGUCUACCUGAGACUAUAGAGGACAUUGAGGAUACUAGCCAGGACACAGAUACGUCUCUCCAGCAAACUUACAUGUAGGGGGAGUGAGAGCUACGAACACCAAACUUCUAUUGUUUUUGUUGAUGCUUUCUGUGUGUCUGUAUAUGCUUAAAUUUUUUAAUCUGUCUUUUUGUGUUAA